UUGCAUUGACGUAAUACGUUACGACUUUGACAGAAAUCGAGUAGGUAAUUCGCGAGUGUUUUUUGCCUUGCAAAAUAUUAGAAAAAUGGUUUCCCAUUACAUGUUGUGUACUUCCGUGCUUCCUUAAACGUACAAAAUGUUUAUCGAGGACUUAAAGAAUGACUUCUAUAAUCUCCUUCUCGGAAACAGAGUUUUAUUGUUAGUUCACUACGAUGUAGACGCCGUGUGUACCUGUAAAAUACUUCAAGACUUGUUUAGAUGUGAUAAUAUAUCGUAUACGUUGGUGCCUGUAGGGGGUAUCGCAGACUUAAAGACCGCGUAUGAAGAAAACAACGAAGAGAUCAAAUAUGUGGUACUAGUGAACUGUGGGGGGACUAUAGACUUGGUGGACAUCCUGCAGCCGGAAGAGGAUGUGGUAUUCUUUGUGCUGGACGCUCACAAGCCGACAGAUGUGUGUAAUGUGUACAGUGAUGGGCAGGUGCGGUUGGUAUACAAAGAUGAAGAAGAAGACAUUCCCAAUUUUGAUGACAUAUUCAGGGAUGAUGAGGAUGAGAAUGAAGAGGAGGUAGGGGAAGGUCGCGAGGGCCUGGAGGCUCUGGUGGAGCGACGACGCGAGCGCAAGGCGUGGGAGGAGAAGCGGAACACACUCAUGUUCAACUACACACAGUUUUCAUACUAUGGGAAGCCAAGCGCAUGCGUAGCGCUGGACGUGUCGUGGCGGCUGAGCCGCGCAGGCGUGGCGGCGGCGUGGUGCUGCGGCGUGGCGCUGGAGGCGGCGGCCGCGCUGCACCAGCGCUCGCCCCCGCGCGUGCUGCUCGACGCCGCCGCGCUGCACGCCAUGCUUGCGGCCAGGCCUGCUGAUCCACAUGGUCCAUCAGUGAUCCUGGAGAAGGAUAUGUGCCUGCCGCUGUACCGCGUGUGGUCGCUGGAGAGUGCGCUGCGGCACGCGCCGGACGUAGGCCCGCACCUCCGCCUGCACACCGUUGCGGGGGCCUCCAGGCUAAGGCAACUGCUUGUUGAUAUGGGAGUGCCGCUGCAGCAGGCGCGGCAGGCGUGGCGCGCGAUGGACGCGGAGGUGCGCGGCGGCGCGCGCGAGGCGCUGGCGGCGGCGGGCGCGCGCCUGCAGCUGGCGGGCGCGGCGCCGCGCGUGGCUCCGCUGCUCACGCGCCCGCACGCGCCGCCGCUCGCCGCGCUCGACCUCGUCUUCUGCCUGCUGGAGACACUCAACCGCGCCGAAGGUUUCCAGCAUGCGCUAGCAGCGCUGGAGACCGACAGCGGCGACAACGAGAGCCGGCGGCUUGGCUGGACGGCGGCGCGACGCAGCCUUGAGGCGGUGGUGCGGCUCGUCAACAACACGCUCAGUGCAAGGACGCUACACCGUGCUGGACCGUUCAAUUAUUUUAUUGUGCAAGAGGGCACCCCAGAGGCUGCUAUAGUGUGCGGUCCGCUGUGGCUCGGUGUGGCGGCGCGCUGGGCGGCGGCGGCGGCGGGCGCGGUGCGCGGGCGCGGCGGGGCGCAGCCGCUCGUGGCGAGUGCGGGCCGCAGCGACGGAGCAGCGUUGCUGCUGGGCGUGCCGCCGCGAUCCCAGCACGAGCCGCGCAAUCUGUUCGGAGCGGCAUUCGAGCAGGCGGCCACUAAGAGCGGCGUGUCGAUCUCUCUCGACUAUUUUGACUCGUCGGUCGUGUUUCUCCCCACAUCACAACGCGCGCAGUUCCUCGACGCACUGACGGCACUCCUCGCGUGACAGUGUAGUGAAUCUAGUUCUAGUUUAAGUUCUGUUAUAUUAAUAUGGUUACUAGUACUAUUUUCAAAGAUAUGAUUUAAAAAAAUAAGUGUCUAUUGAAUUUGUGCAACCUGGGGUUAUGUGCCUUGAAACAAUUUUAGCUUAUUGACACAUCCGCCAUAUAAGUUACAUCUAGUUUUCUAUUUAGUUAAAAUGUGCUCGUUUUUACUUGAAAAAUAAAAAAUUAAGAAUUCCUAUGCAAUUUCACGACCCUCUUAGGAAUUGUGAUAUAAUUGGAUGAUAUAAAAAUUAUACAGUGUACUAUUCAAUUUAGUUAUUCGUACUUUUAAUAAUUUUAAUAGUAUAUUUGAUUAAUACAUUGUGUUGCCCUAGUGUUAAAGGACUAUAUAUUAAUUUACCUGUUUGUGUGAUGUAACUAGUAUUUGUGAGUAAGUCUGCUGGUAAGACUUUUAUCAAAAACAAAUUCAGAAUAAACCAAAUCAUGGAAUUAAAAUAAUUUUAGCGUGGAUGAAUUUAUAGCAUUUAACUUUGACAACACUCCCAGUGGUAUUUAGUAAAUAUGUUAUUCAUUUUAGGCUACAACUUUAUUAUGAAUCUAACAGCUAGUCAAUGAAAAUGGGGACAAAUAAUAAAUUGUUGCCAGUCAAUUUUAAAUUAAUUGGUCCAAAUUAUAUUAUCUUAAGUUAUUAUUCAUAAGUAUGCAUAUAAUAUUGUAAGAGAUAAGUGACAAGAUCGAACCACACAAUAAGGAUAAGUUCACACAAUCUUUAGGAAACAUUCAGAAAAGGCCUUAUUCAUGACUUGUAGUGCUGAAGACAUACAAACAGACUGAAUUGAAUUUUCUUGUGUCAUUAUAAAGGGUUUAAACAGAAGUGUGCGAGAAAGAAAACAUCUUGCCUACCAUAAAGAUUUCUUUAUAAAAUUCUGAUUGGUCUAUAUGACAUGGCAGUUUUGUAAGCGUAAAUGAGUUAAACAUGUGUUUGUUAUUUUAAUGCUGUUUGGUCAUUACCAUAGACACAGGAAGGAAGGUAUUGGCUGUAUAUUUGAUGGUCUCUUUUCCACACACUGAAAUUUUUAGUGAGGGAUUUCCUGUCUCCAGUCUGUUUUAUCUUUUAGUGUUACACUGUUAGUCAUAGUUUCAAUGUUGCAUUUGAUUUAGUUUAUGAAAUAUUUCAAUAAAUGUUAACUUGCUAAAAAUAAAUAAUAAAAAUUGGUGUAUAAUGGUAUGAUUUGUGUAAA